CUCGCCAUCACACCAAUUCUUUUUUAAGGUUUUUGACUACAAACAUUGGCUCUUUCUUUCCCCCACGGGAACUUUGAUUAGGUUUACGGGGUUCCCGCGCCCCAGGGGGAACGACUCCGAACCGACUGACUCCACUCCACCGUCUCCCAGCUGUGCGAGAGCCUCCAACGAUCUUUCCCCAGGUGUCUCUUUCGGGCCCCUGAGACCUCGAGAAACAGCGUUUGUGAGAUGGCCGGCCCCGCGGGCGACCAGAGCGAGACGGAGGCGAAGCGCCCGUCCGACGCGACGGCGUGGUCCCGCUUCCGCACGAGGGCGGUCGGGAUCGUCAAGCUCGUCCUCGCGCAGUGGCUCGUUAUCGGGUUCGCUCUGAGCUGCGUGUUUGCGUACCUCUUCCCCAAUGUCGCGGCCCGCGGCGGCCCGAUUAGGUCCGAGUACUCCAUCAUCUACGGCGGGAUCGCCGUCAUCUUCCUCGUCAGCGGGCUGCAGCUCUCUCACGCCAAGCUGCGGGAGAACCUCACCAACUGGCGCCUCCACAUCGUCGUCCAGGGCAUCAGCUUCAUCGUCAUACCCGUGAUACUCCUGAUCGUAGUUCACAUCAUCAUCGCCGCGGGCGGCCUCCGCAACAACGUGCUCUCGACCCCCAUCAUCGUCGGCAUGGUCGUGGCCUCGUGCCUGCCGACGACCAUCGCCUCCAACGUCGUCAUGACGCGCGCCGCGGGCGGCGACGACGCGGCGGCCAUCAUCGAGGUCGUCAUCGGCAACGUCCUCGGCAGCUUCGUCUCCCCCGGCCUCAUCUACGGCUUCAUCCCCAAGACGCCCGAGUUCGCCGACUGGCAGCCCGCGAACCCGAGCACCCUCGGCGCCAUGUACGCCAACGUCCUCCGCCAGCUCGGGCUGAGCGUCCUGCUGCCGCUGGCCGUCGGCCAGGUCGUGCGGUGGUACUGGGAAAGGAGGGUCGAGUGGGCACUCAAGACGUUUUACCUCGCCAAGGUGUCGACGUUCUGCCUGAUCCUGCUCGUCUGGACGACCUUCUCGGCGGCCUUCCAAACGGGCGCACUUUACGUGACGCCCCACGCCUCCAUCAUCUUCAACGUCUUCAUGAACGUCGCCCUCUACGCGCUCUUCACCCUCAUCUGCUUCUGCGCCGCGCGCCCGCCGCCGUCGGCGUGCGAGGCGGUGAACCCCCGCGUGGGCCGCGCGCCGGGCCCGGAGCUCCUGCGCCGCGCGCUGACGCUGCGCCGGCUGCCGCGGGAGCAGGCCAUCGCCGUGUGCUUCUGCGGCGCGGCCAAGACGACGUCCCUGGGCAUCCCGCUGGCGACGGCCAUGUGGACGGCCUCGGACGACCUCACGCGGGCCCUCAUCCAGAUCCCCGUGCUGCUGUACACCAUCGAGCAGGUGUUUAUGGCGCAGAUCCUCGUCUACGUCUUCAAGUGGUACCUGCGGCGGGCCGCCAAGGCCGAGGCCGAGGCGACGACCGAGGACGAAGAGGGCGGGAGGGGGGACAGAGUGCAGGAGUAUUCGGCGGGCUCGGCCGGGCAUGACGAGGAUGAGCGGAAGGGAAGAAAGGAGCCCGGGGAAGUUGGCCAUGUGGUGCCGGUCAAGGAGACAUCGCAGACCUAGCGAUUUCCCGACCACUUGAUUACUGUCAGUGAAUUCUGGAUAUAAUACAACAAACGCAAUACUUUUUAUUAUUAUCAAAAAUCACCCAUUCCGCCGCCAUCUGAGCUACGCCUGCGCCCUGGAUGCAAUGCAGUCGUCGUCCUCUGGGGGCACGUGAGCU